AUGGCUUCACGACAGGAACUGAAGCUGGAUGACGAGGGGGGGUUCAUACGAUUCUUUCGAUCGCUUCCAGCCAAAGACGACUCCUCUACAAUCCGCAUCUUCGAUCGCGGCGAUUUUUUCACUGCUCAUGGCCCCGAUGCUGAGUACAUCGCUCGGACAGUCUACAAAACCACGUCUGUCCUCAAAUCCCUCGGGCGCAGUGAUUCAAGUGGCUUACCUUCUGUAACCAUGACCACGACCGUUUUUCGGAACUUUCUACGUGAAUCUCUUUUUCGAUUGAACAUGAGAGUGGAGAUAUGGGUGUCGCAGGGUGGCGGAAAAACGAACUGGAAACUAGCAAAGCAAGCGAGCCCGGGUAACCUGCAAGACGUUGAGGAAGAAUUGGGAGCAAGCGGCCCGGCUAUGGAUUCCGCGCCCAUUAUCCUAGCAGUCAAAAUAUCUGCUAAAGCAUCUGAGGCAAGACAGGUUGGUGUGUGUUUUGCUGAUGCAAGCGUACGAGAACUUGGCGUUAGUGAGUUCGUCGAUAACGAUCUCUAUUCCAACUUCGAGUCCCUAGUUAUUCAAUUGGGUGUCAAAGAGUGUUUGAUUAUGAUGGAGUCGCAAAAGAAAGAUGUUGAGCUGGGGAAGUUGCGAUCUAUUUUAGAUAAUUGCGGGAUCGCAAUUUCGCAACGUCCUAUGGCGGAUUUUGGGACAAAAGAUAUCGAACAGGAUCUUUCGAGGUUGUUGAGAGAUGAAAGAGUUGCUGGGAUAUUACCUCAAACAGACUUUAAAUUAGCGAUGGGCGCAGCAGCAGCUUUGAUCAAGUACCUAGGCGCCAUGUCUGAUGCAACAAAUUUCGGCCAAUAUCGACUAUACCAGCACGACUUAUCGCAGUAUAUGAAGUUGGAUGCAGCUGCACUUCGAGCAUUAAAUUUAAUGCCAGGUCCACGAGAUGGCGCAAAAAAUAUGAGUUUGUAUGGGUUGUUGAACCACUGCAAAACUCCAGUGGGGAGUCGAUUAUUAGCCCAAUGGUUGAAGCAACCCCUGAUGAACCAUGAGGAUAUUGAAAAACGGCAGCAGCUAGUGGAAGCUUUUGUAGUUGAUACGGAGCUUAGGCAAACUAUGCAAGAAGAUCAUCUACGAUCCAUCCCGGACCUUUAUCGACUCGCGAAGCGAUUCCAGCGAGACAUGGCGAACCUCGAGGAUGUGGUCAGGGUGUAUCAAGUUGUGAUCAGAUUACCCGGGUUCAUCAACACGCUUGAAAAUGUCAUGGAUGAGCAAUAUCAAGGUCCUCUGGAGACAGAGUAUACCACCAAAUUACGCAAUAUUUCAGAUAACUUUAGCAAACUUGCGGAGAUGGUUGAGACUACAGUGGAUUUGGAUGCCCUGGAUAAUCACGAAUUCAUUAUCAAGCCUGAAUUCGAUGAUAGUCUCCGGAUCAUCAAAAAGAAACUCGACCGGCUGAAGCACGAUAUGGACACAGAGCAUAAGAUAGUGGGGAGGGACCUGAAUCAAGAUACGGAUAAAAAGCUGUUCCUUGAAAACCACCGUGUUCAUGGCUGGUGCUUCAGGCUGACACGAAAUGAGGCGAGUUGCAUUCGAAAUAAGCGAGAAUAUCAAGAGUGCUCCACACAGAAGAACGGUGUAUAUUUCACGACAUCCACCAUGCUCUCUCUCAGGCGAGAACAUGAUCAACUAUCUUCAAACUAUAAUCGAACCCAGACAGGUCUAGUUCAGGAAGUAGUAAAUGUUGCGGCGUCCUACUGCCCGUUGCUGGAACAGCUAGCCAGCGUUCUAGCGCAUCUAGAUGUGAUCGUCAGUUUCGCUCAUGUUUCCGUUCAUGCACCUACGGCAUACGUAAGACCCAAAAUCCAUCCUCGAGGUACAGGCAAUACAGUUUUGAAAGAGGCUCGUCAUCCAUGUAUGGAAAUGCAAGACGACAUCUCCUUUAUUACGAACGAUGUCUCCCUGUUACGCAACGAAUCGUCGUUCCUCAUCAUUACCGGCCCCAAUAUGGGUGGCAAGUCCACAUACAUCCGACAAAUAGGUGUAAUUGCCCUCAUGGCGCAAACUGGUUGUUUUGUGCCAUGUUCCGAAGCUGAACUUACCAUUUUCGAUUCUAUCCUUGCUCGCGUGGGCGCCAGCGAUUCUCAGCUUAAGGGAGUCUCAACCUUCAUGGCAGAAAUGCUUGAAACCGCCAAUAUAUUGAAAUCAGCGACCUCAGAGUCCUUGAUCAUCAUUGAUGAGCUGGGUCGCGGGACGAGCACUUAUGACGGUUUUGGUCUCGCUUGGGCAAUAUCCGAACAUAUUGUCACGGAAAUCAGAUGUUUUGCGUUAUUCGCCACCCAUUUCCAUGAACUGACGGCUCUUCAAGAGCGAUACCCCAAUUCUGUGAAGAACCUCCAUGUUGUAGCCUUUAUCAAUGAUGGGGCAGAGGGAAAACAGCACAGCAGUACAGACAAGAAGAAACGGGAGGUUACCCUUUUGUACAGGGUAGAGCCAGGUGUUUGUGAUCAGUCCUUUGGUAUCCAUGUAGCCGAGCUUGUGCGCUUCCCUGAGAAGGUUGUAAACAUGGCACGCCAAAAAGCAGAGGAGUUAGAAGAUUUUACUUCGAGCACCAUCGAUGCUCAACCACAAUCAGCCACUUUAGAUGGGUUCUCCACAGAAGAAGUCGCGGAAGGGAGUGCUUUGUUAAAGGCAAUGCUAUUAAAAUGGAAAGCCGAGAUAGAAGCAGCGGGCAAAGAAAACCUUACAAUGGAGGAGAAGAAGAAGAUAAUGCAGGAUUUGGUACAAGCAGAUGACAAGCUACGGAACAAUAAGGUAUUUAAGGGUAUAAAAGCGCUAUAAUUCGCGCGCUGCGAUUGUCUUAGUUCUUUGGGCUGUGGUGCUUUUGGGUUGGGCCUGGCGUUUGCGGAUCGGGGUAAUUUGUUACAACAUAUAUUGGAGUUAUCGUGUUGCUGUAAUCAAAUAGAAUGAAAUUAU